GCAUGGGAUGCUGGCUGCAUUUCUUCAACUGGGCCAGGUAACCCAGCAUGAGCCAGGUCCAGGCCCCCUCGUUGCCAUGAACAAGGCUGACCCGAUUGCGCGCAGCGAGAUGAUCGCCAGGCCCAGCCAAACACACCGUGUUCCUGAAUCAAGACAAGGGCAGCGCUAGUCAAGCCAGAAACAUGGCAGGCGACUACACUACAGGCCUCAUGACAGCUUGACCAGCAUGAUGGCUUUAGCUCAUCGACGUAACGAGCGGCAAGGGACCUGUUCAAAAAAGAAAGAACCUUGGCCCAUGAUCUGCCGACAAGACAACUGCGGUGGGACAUCGUCAGAGCUAAGUGGUUGCAUCGUGUGGCUGUUCUACGGACAUGAACGCAAGGGGCAGCGACAAGGGAAAGCCCAUCCUUUUUGGCAUCCCAGCCGUCCCAAGAUCUCUCAAGGGCAAGGGUAACUGGUGCUUUGCCCUGGACUAAAGGAUGGAAAGGGUAAGUAGAAAAAGCAAAAAACUGCCGCCUCGACAGGGAGUGGCUUGCCCUGACGUUUCUGUCAAGUUCGGUAGCGAGCAUAGCUGCAUGGUGCCUUAUGCUUGUCUGUCUUGCAGGCGCCGCCGAGCAGGUGAGCAGAGCAGGUAAGAUGAUGAAGGGCUGCCACAACCCCUUCCAAUAUUUCGCAAGUAUUGGUUGCUCGCUCCCUUGAGAGCUUGAUCUAUAUGGCUCCGAAUAUGGGGUUCGCCUAAGCUAAGUGUAUUCUGUCUUGGGGCAGCGUUAGGCAAACCAGCCCCAACCUUUCGUCCGUUAUUGAUGACCACAGGGUCCAGGAGUCGUCUUUAUUCUUCUUGAUCAGUGAGAUAGUCUUCUAGGCUCUAUGACUCGUUGGUCUCGGCCUCGUCCGCCCACACUGCAUUCCAACGCGAUUUACAUUCCAGCGAUGCUUCUAAGAAUACGCACAAAAUCCGCUCAGCGCUGCCCACAGACCUGCUGCGCCGCUUGACCGCUGGGCGAGAGCGGUGUUUGCGUCUGAGACACAGCGUCAGCCAGCCACCGCAUCUGGUGGGUGAUGGACGUCAACACGGCGAGGUGACGAGCAGUUGAACAGCCGGUGAGAAGGACAAUAACAACAAGAAAAACAAAAAGAAAACAUUGGUACAAAAGGAACAGCAAACUCCAAGCUAACAUGGCUAGCAGCAAAUAAUAAAAAGAAUUAAAAAACAUACUAAGAGCGGUAGCGUAUACGCCAGUAGCCGUAGCGUAUUACCGCUAUGACACCCCCAAAAUAGCGCCGUCAUAGGCAACCCCGAGCUGAGCACGUCCGCUGUAGCGAGCGCUGACGGCAUCCGCAUCCGGCACUGCCAGUGCCUGUUCCACCGCGCUCCCUUCCCUGGAGCAGCGCUGUUUUUAAGACCCCUCCCCCCCCUUUUCAGUUGCCACCACUCACUAGCUUCUCCCUCCAAACCACAGCACUCAAAAGACACACCAACAGCGCUAAACACGUCCCUCGAGCCCCCCAAAAAACCUGCCCUUCUAAUAUCAACGACGCCCGCAACGCCUGCCCUUUUUUCGCGUUUGUCUACUUGCUCACCACCUCGUCAGACACAAAGACAGCAGCAACAAAGAAGUAAUAUUUGCCAAUACUUCCCCCUCUCUCCUGCUCAUUCUUCUUCCUUUUCUACAAACUACCUAUUCUUCUGCUCCUUUCUUUACUUUCAACCCUUCAGCAAAAGAACAGCCCUAGUGAAAGAUCGCAUUCCAUCGACUUACACCACGAGUGUGCAUCAACACAUAACCAACAAAACCUUCUUUGAAAGCUGUACAAUAGCCAAAAUGCUUCUUCCGUCAGCUCUCAUCGAUACUCCCCUCAACUCCCGCCAGCCUCGCCUCUUCUCACCACCCAACUCGCCGCCCACUAGAUCGCGCGCAAACCUCAACAUCACAUCAGCAUGCCGCUCGCUGCAGUUGCUGAUGGCUACCGGCGUGGCUCGCCCUACGCUUGCCAUUUCUACCGCCACGGCCUUUGACUUUUCUUCAUCGAAUUAUACAUACAACAACGGCAGCUCUCAACUGCAAGAAGCGGAUGCGCUGCCUCCCAUGCCUCGCACCGUCGGCGCACAACUCCCUACGCCGCCUAUGGCCUACGCUCCUCCACCACCCAAACUUCGCAUCCGUAGCGAAGGUCUCGCAGCAAGACGCCUGGCGAAGAGACAGCAGCAGCAGGAGCAAUUAUCAGUACAACCUUUGUCUAGCUCACCAAAGAGAGCGCGCGACGAGGAUGACGAGGAUGUUGAGGAGCCCACAACGCCCAAGCGCGCGCGUAUUGCGCCUGAGCAGCUGCCGCUUGGCCUAGAGCGAUCAGAUUUCCACCACGCCCAGGAUGGCACUGAAACCGACGCUUCCGACGAGUGGACCGACGAAGAUGACCGCAUUUUGGUCGAGAUUGUUCUCGAGAAGCUUAAACUCACUAAGAAUGAAUGGGCCGAGUGCGCGCGCAGGAUCGGCAAGGGCGACAAGCACGAUGUCGCCAAGCGAUGGAAGAGCCUUAUUCUUGGAGGAGAUGUCGGCAUCAAGAAGCGAACACGCAGCCGCAUCACCUCGACAUGGCGAUGAAUAUUUUGAUUAUCUGGUUUUUUGUAUUAUCAUGGUUGAAGCAUAGCAUUUUUAGGGAUUUUGUUUUCAGAGUUAUUUAUUGGAGUUUGGCAGAUAUCUUGGGGAGUUUUGACAUCAUUUUUUCCAUUAGCAUUAGGGAGACGGAAGUGUUCUGCUCCUACACUGGCGUUUUUUAUUGAUUUAUUGAUUUAUUGAUCAUCAUGUUCAGCUCUAUUCAUUUGGAUUUUUCUUGUUUUCUCUUAUUAGUAGCAGUCAAAUACAGACACAACAGCAUCCAUCUAUCUUUACAACCCAUCCCCAGUCGCUCCGUCUCAUACUGUCCACAGGCAACUGUGUUCCGAACCAAAAAGCAAAAGCUGUGAUGAAUCCCUGCCCAUGCACGUAGAAACGCACCAUGCACGCUGCAUCUACCCGCCCCUUGCCCGCCUCCCCCAGUGCCGUGCUUUUUUUGCAAGGGGGACGUCUCAUCUAAUCUGUGGGAAAAGGAAGAAAAAGCAAAGGCGGAAUAUGGGGGAGGCGCUUCGAGACAUGCAUCGUGAUACAUCUCUUUUUCCUUUGCUACGAGCGCUGCUCUGCUCUGUUGGGCUAAUUUGCUUCCUUCUUCCUUGGUCGUGUGAUUCUUCUUCUUCGUUGCCGUCAUUAUUUCUUGUAAAAUAAAACAAGCCUUUCACUAGCCGUUACGCCUCAAAGCUGGUCCAUGACGCUCCAUGACGUGCUAGACCUUGCGUCCCUGGCACUAACAUCUACCCAAAGAGGGAAAACCCAAAGUAGC